AAACACCACGGACUCGAAUUACGCCUCUCCUUCUACCUUUUUGGUACUUUCCUCAACAUUACUUGCAUUCUACAUUUCUCUCGCUCUUUAUAUAAAUAGAGACUCAAUUCAGACGCAUAGAAAAUGGGUUUCUAAGUAAGGUGAAGCAAAAGCGAGAAUGGAGGGGCAGAGAAGAGUGUUGGCAAUGAAAAUGGAGAAGCUGAAGACUCAGAACCCAGAUGGGUUUUGCAGGAAGGUCAUGACGGACGACCAAGUCGAGCAACUCCGGAAACAGAUCGCCGUCUACGCCGUCAUCUGUGAGCAGCUUGUUGAUAUGCACAAGGCCUUCACUGCCCAACAGGAUCUUUCUGGAGCGAAGAUGGGAAGUGUGUAUGGCGAUUUGAUGGCAUCUGGUGGCAGCAAGGUAACUGCAAGGCAGCGGUGGACGCCAACAAGUUUGCAACUUGAAAUCCUUGAGCGUAUCUAUGAUGAAGCCAAUGGAACUCCAGGAAAGCACAGGGUCAAAGAGAUUACCAUAGAACUCUCACAACAUGGCCAAGUUACCGAAACUAAUGUUUACAAUUGGUUCCAGAACAGAAGAGCUCGUUCAAAGAGAAAGCAAUCGGUGCCAGCACGGAACAUUACAGAAUCAGAUCUAGAGCCCGAAGUUAUUUCUCCCAAGGAUAAGAAGACAAAACCGGAAGACAUGUACUUUCAAAGUCCUGAUUCAGGAUAUGAGAAUCUCAAAUGGUAAUGUGGAAGUUUGACCAAGGAGGAAUAAAUUUCUACCAUACUUUUCAAGGAUCACAUUUUUAAGGAGUUUGAUUAUGCAUCCAUGAUAAACUGUUCAAUGUUUCCUCAAGAGCUUGAGCCUCAUGUAGAGUCUCCAAAGAUCCUUGAAAAUGAGGUGGGUGAACAGCUGAUGGCCCCGCAAAAGAUUGCCACAGUGAAGAUGGAAAUGGUAGCUGAUGAUGAUGAGAAGAUGAGAAUGUACGAGAGAGCACGAAUGGUUGUUGAGGCUUGUGACAGGGAACUUCUGGAAAAGACCAGGAAAUAUGUAGAACUAAUGCUGGAGAAGCACAAAAAGAAGAUGCAAGUCCAACAGCUGGAGAAGAUUGUGAGGCUUAAACUUGCAGAGGCUGAUAUGUUCCAACUCAAGGCCAAUGAGGCAAAACAAGAGGUGCUGAGGCUCCAGAAGAUUGCUCUUGUGUCGGAAGAAGAAUAUGCUAACAGCUACCUGAAACAACAAUUGAGGGAAGCCGCGGCAGAGAAGCAGUAUCUAAUUGAGAAGAUUAGACUCGAAGAACAUUCACAGGCAUCCAACAACUGUGGUGGUGGUGGUCCUGCUCAGACAUUGAUUCAUUCGAAAAUGGAUGAUCUACUUUACGGUGACACUCCUAAGACGGAGUUUAAUUGGUAAUGCUUUCUAGUAUGUUCUGCAGUUGUUUGUCUUGAUUGUUACUUGCUUUGAUGAUCUAGUAUGAAUGUGGUGACUCUUGUUUAAUGACUUGUAGGAAUAUUUAUGAUUUCUAAAAAGAACAUUGAUCAACUAUUCAAAUAAUGAAGGUGAUGAAAAUGCCAAAUGAGUUCAGGAAUCUUGUUUGAAAUA